AUGUUCACUCUAAUUCUUUUAUUUGCACUCUCAUACGCGGAAGACGCUACUCUGAAAGAAAAUUACGAUAGAUAUUUUCGAGCCGUGGUAUACGUGCCAAAGACUUGUACAUUAAAAACAGAGCCUGGAGUAGCUUCGUUUUUGAAUGGAAAAUACGAGAAUUACCCACUUCUAUUAAAAAUAGGUUCAAACAAGACAGCAAUAGCUUUCUAUGAUAUCACUGGGCAACUUAUUGAGGAAAUUAAUAUCGAAGGAUUCAAAAAGACGCAGAUUGAAAACUUACUUGAUAGACGUGGGUUUUUCAUCGAAGACGUCAAAGCGUUCAAAGCAAAUGAAAUUGAUGACAAAGAUUUUGCUUUCAAAGAAAUAAUCAAUUGA